UACAACAAUAUCUGCAAUGCAACAAUAUGUAAAACUAAAAAUAUCUACAAUGUAACAAUACAUUAUAUACAUAUAACAAUAUCAGCACUUUAACAAUAUACAACAACAAUAUGAACAACACAACAAAAACAAUAAUAUCUGAAAAUAAACAUAUAAGAAAACUGAGAGGAUCCGCCCACCCUUCCAAAUAGGGAAGGGUGCAAACUGAGAUGUAUUUGCGCUCCCAGCUGCCCGUUGCUUUCAUGAGCAUUCUCUCUGGCUGCGCUGAAUGUGCUUCUCCGCGCUUUAUGCCGACUGACUUGUAAAGUCCAUCACAAACAAAGCAGCUGAGUUGAUGUUCAGGGAUUGGACCCCAUUGAAUAUUCUUGCAAUUGUGGAAGUGUAAAAAGCUCAGAGAUGUUGUUGUGCAGGAUGGCUGUGUCUGGAGACUUUUGCUGGAAACGCGUGGUCACAUUACUUCUGCUUUUGUUGCUGCAGCAGACAACAAAGGCCAUACACCCAGACUGUGAUUGGGUGGUCGACGAGCACAUGACGAAACAGGAAGAAUGCAUUCAGAUCCUCAGACAGGAAGAAAUCAACUUUCCUACAUUUACAGGGUGUCAAACAGAGUGGGACAACAUUAGCUGCUGGUUCCACGCCGAGGUGGGACAGGUGGUCGCUGCGUCGUGCGCCAAUAUCUCCCAGCUGUUUCAGCAGCAAGGUUACAUCUACAGGAACUGCACAGAGCACGGCUGGUCGGAGCUCUAUCCAGCCUACACGGAAGCCUGCCAAGACAUCCAAUCAGAGCCACAGACAACAUACUUCUCCAACUUCAAGCAUGUGUAUACUGCCGGCUAUGCAACCUCCUUCAUCUCGCUUGUAUCUGCCAUCUUUGUCUUCACAAUCUUCAGGAAGUUUCACUGCACCAGGAACUACAUCCACAUGAACCUCUUCUUCUCCUUCAUUCUGAGAGCCAGCGCCGUUUUCAUUAAAGACUCCGUUCUUUUCUCAGACCUCGACCUCGACCAUUGUUUCAUGUCGACGACGUCGUGUAAAUCAGCCGUGGUCUUCUUUCAGUUCAGCAUCCUGGCAAAUUACUUCUGGCUCUUGGUGGAGGGAAUGUAUCUUCAAACCCUGCUGGCUCUCACUUUUGUCUUCCAGAAGAAGUACUUCUGGUGGUACAUUCUCUUUGGCUGGGGUCUGCCAACCAUAAUCAUAAGUGCAUGGAUGUUGGCCAGGAACGUCUAUGACAACAAAGGCUGCUGGGAUGACACUGAUGUGGCCUUCAUAUGGUGGAUCAUAGAAGCUCCAAUAACCGCAUCAUUACUGGUAAACUUCAUCAUCUUCAUCAACGUCAUACGCAUCCUGCUGCAGAAACUACGGCGUCCCGCUGUUGGCGGCAACCAUAGCAAUCACUUCAAGAGGUUGGCCAAGUCUACGUUGCUGCUGAUCCCAUUGUUUGGGAUGCAUUACAUGAUCUUUGCAUUCCUACCAGAAAACGUGGCGACUGACGCUCGUAUUUUCAUAGAACUCGGUUUGGGAUCCUUCCAGGGAUUCGUGGUGGCGCUGCUCUACUGCUUCUUAAACGGUGACGUGCAAGCGGAGUUGAAGAAGAGGUUUUGGAAGUGGCAGACCGAGAAGCAUUUGCAGUGCAGGAAACAGCGAGGAGGUUUAUCUACCGAGAGCAGUACAGUUACUCAGAUAUCCAUCUUGGACAAAUGUAACCCCAAAGAUCAACCUGGCGACGCCAACGCCGUCGUCAGCGUUGUGUCAUUGUGCGACGUCACCUCGGUCUGACCAACGUCUGUCUCGUGGAUCACAUGACCACCUUUUUUUUCUCCCACUUGUGUACUUUUGUCAUCUACUUUGUAGUAUUAUUUUAAUGUGUUAGAAUGUAGAAAAUAAUCAGCUUUACAAGCGACAGUACUGGGGCGUAUUCCAGAAAGCAGGUUAAGUGAAAACUCUCAGUAUGUAAACCCUGAAAUGAGGGAAAUUUAGGUUUUUCUGUCUAAGGAGAGGUAAGUCACAUUCAGAGUCAGUUGCUAUGGUAACCUUACCUGCCGGUUAACUUUUUCAUGUCAUUUAAACGGGAAUCCUGCAGUCAGACAUGAUGUGUUUGUGCCUUUGUGAUCAGUAGAUGUUCAAAAUAAAUUAAUUCCUGAAGAUUUAUGUCAGGAGAGGAUCUUGAGGCCAUGACUAGUUUGAUUAUAUUAUAAUGACAUAAGUCUGCCAAGAAAAAAAUCCUGAUUUUAAAUAUUUAAUAUUAAUUGGAUUUGUAUGAAUUAGAAGAAUAGUACUUCAAUGAUUCCGAACCAAGUGAACUGGUAAGAAAAGCUAUUUUGUAAAAAAAAAUACAUAUACCGUAUUUUUAGGACUAGAAGUCACAGUUUUUUCCAUAGCUUGGAGUCGGGGGUGCGACUUAUACUCAGGAGCGACUUAUGUGUGAAAUUAUUAACACAUUACCGUAAAAUAUCAAAUAAUAUUAUUUAGCUCAUUCACGUAAGAGACUAGACGUAUAAGAUUUCAUGGGAUUUAGCGAUUAGGAGUGACAGAUUGUUUGGUAAACGUAUAGCAUGUUCUAUAUG